CAGAAUGUUCUGGCUUUUAAUUGAAUUGUGUGAUUUACAGGCUCAUCACUAUGUCGCUAAAGGCUGGAAAUGUCAGUGUACAGGCUGGCACUGGUUUCUGGAAUAGUGCAAAACCAGCUCAGUACAGCAAAGAAACUCAGGAAAUGCUGAGAGGUAAGCUUCUCUCAAUAGUGAAAAUGAAUGUAUAAUGCCACAAAUGAAAAAAUGAUAUUAAAUCAAGCAGCUUUUAUAGGGACACUAUAGUCACCAGAACAACUACAUGUUCUGGUUAGUAUAAACAUUAUAUGCAGGCAUUUUCAUGCAAACACUGCCUUUUCAGAGUAAAGGCAGUGUUUACAUUGCCUCUAGGGACACCUCCAAGUGUCCAUUCUUCAGAUGGCUACUAUAGGUGCUUCCUGGCUCAGUUCUGCACAGUGGGCAGCAGUGCCGUUCAGCGUCUCCACGCUCUGCAUGUGGACGCUGAAUUUUCCUCAUAGAGAUGCAUUGAUUCAAUUCAUCUCUAUGAGGAGGUGCUGAUUGGCCAAAACAGGGUUUGGCCAUGCCCCCUUGCCAAUUUUAGCCAAUCCAAUGUUUUCCCUAUGGCCUAGACGUGUCUCUCGAAAGCUCCCUGAGAUACACUAAACAAACCGCUUAUGUUAGCUGUUCUAGCAGUUCUCUACACACAUGCUACAUAUUCUUCACUACUUCAGCUCUCAGACAGUGUAGGGAAUGGUUGCAAAAGUCCUCAGAACCGUUUUGCACGCCUGGCUCCAGUGAGGCCUAGCAGAUGCUGAAGAAGGGAUAGGCGGCUGAUCUCCCAGUACGGCGCCAGCAGUGUCCAGAUAUGUUCUUGACACCCCGCUGCCCCCCCUUUGGACCUGUGGGGGUAAUCCCAGUCCCCACUCUGGUGGCUUCCAAGCCCCAUCAAGAAGACAUGGCUGUGCCGCAGAUGCCAAUGAGACCAGCGGCAACACACCUAAGAUGGCGGGCGCUACGAGUACCCUUAAUCCUGGUGCGGAGCUGCCAUCUAUUGACCAGCACUUGGAGGCCCUAUUCUACGCCUUCUGGAGCAAGCUGCAGUACAAGCGGACCUCAUCUGAAAGUGUGGAAAUUCCUGCAAAGCAUUCCUCUCGCACCCUUUGGUGCACAGUGACUUCUCCCACAAGCCGAACAAUCCUAUGGCCGUGAAGACCGCAUCAGUGCUCCGCAAGGCGAGCAGUUAGCUGGCAAGCCCCGACACAGGCUAUACACAGAACGGGCAUUACAGAGGAGAGGAAUAUGGGAGAACUGGGUGGAACGUAGCAGAAGCCACAAGACCUGAGGCUGUUACCUCCGGCAUUGAUUCAGAUCCACUUCGAGUGGGACAGUAAAUUUCCUAUAAUGGGAAUAGGCUGACUCCCAUGCUGAGCCUCCUGUUCCAUGCUCCAUCUUAGUCAACUGGCUACUGUGGCAACAUGUUCUUCAUUGCUCCUGCUUUAAUUUCAGUUAACUAUUUUUGUUUAAGCUUUUUAUUACCUGCAUUAGCACACUCCAGGUGAAUAAGCUAAAAUUUCAGGCUACCAAUUGUACAAAUAUGUUUGCUUGUGAUACUCUAUUCUCCCUACUACCCAUUGCAUGUUAUACCAUAAAUAUUGCAUGUUAUAGCAUAAAGUUACCCAUGUCUUAUACCAUGCUUUUACAAAAAACAAAAGUGCAGCAUCUCACGAUUACCCAUGUCUUACCUUGUUAUAUUUCAUUAUGCUAUGUCUUACUACUGAAAUAUGUAUUUCACUCUGCACUACAAAAAAAAAUAAUUAAAAAAAAUAAUAAUUAAAAAAAAAAUAAUUACAAAAAAAAUACUCUUCCCCUCAAAAUAUUGCAUCAGAGAUAACAUUUAGGUUGAUCACCAAAUCAGAAUCCAGUGCUCAGCAUAAAGACUCCUAAGCAAUACUGUGAAUAAGAUUUAAAAAAAUAGUUUGGAUUGGGGGUGGGGCUUAAACACUGAGCUGAGCAGACCCAUGUAGACACAGCUCCCGCUCAGCUUGGCUAAUACAGCGGAAAAACGGCACAACACAGCCAGAAAACACUACAAAAGGGCUACCAGUAGACAGAUGAAGUGCACUGAAUCUUUUGGUGCCACACAAGCAACUAUUAUUACCGAUUACCGCGAUAUGCGUCUGAUGCCUAGCAAGGAUAGCGACCUGGAUGCCGGGGGAGGCGGCCAAUCUCAAACCGGAUAGAGAGUCUCCCUCUAUGCCAGGACACACACUGCAGUGUCCAAAUCAGCCUGUGUAAUACGACCCAUACCACCUAUGGACAGGCAGACACCCAAUGCAAUUGUUAUGCUCUAUUGUUUACACCCCACAACCCACAUUGGAUAGUAUUUAACCUGCCUAACUCCCCCACACUCCCAUUACAUACAACCAGGAGAAAUCAUGGUGGAGGUAGCAGGUCCUAAGGUUCUCCUCAGUAUAUUUCCCACCUGAAUACUCAAUGAGUUCUGUGCCUCAACCCAUGUUUUCUCCUUUUGUUUAUGCCUUUGUUUUUCAAUUACUUUACCACGCUUACCUUACAUACCUAAGCCUUGGCAGGGCGGUAUGGGUGCCAGCGGUUUGUUACCCUCUUCUUACCUAGCAAAUGUGUUUAUAUUAGCUUGCAGUUUGUAUAAUUAAUGUGUAAGCUACCUAACACAUAUCAGACUACUCGUGAUCUCAACGUCAGCUCUACUUAUUUAGCACAUCACACUAAAACCUACUAUCCAGCUUAACUAUCCUCUACUUAAUACUAAAAAAUGUGCCUAAUUUUAGAACAUUACAAUCUGUCAUGCAUAUUGUAUUCCUUUAUACCUUGAUACUGCUAUUGUGGCGUACCGAGGCUGUUUGUUCAUUUUGUGCACAACAAAAAUAAAAAAAUAAAAGAAAUAGUUUGGGUUAACCCAAAUGUCCAGAGUCCAAAAUUGUUUCUUUGGAAAUAAAAUUAGCAUUAUGUUAAAUUCUUUACAAGAAAGCAAAACAAGCAUUGAAUUGAUUAACGCUUUAAGGACUAAGGCUCUUGUAAGAUGGGAUUCAUUUGUCAUCAAGGUCUUUUUGUCACUUUUCCAUGCAUUCAUUCUCCCCUUUUUUUAUUUCACCCUUUCUGUUUAAAUACACCCAUACAUAUUAUACAAAAUACUUUAAAGGAGGAAUUAUGAUUUCUUUUGAAACCUAUAUGAUUACUAAUAUUGACUAAUUACUAAUACAACUUUAAUUAUGAAUAGAAUAUUUGAAAAAAUAUAAAAUCACUUUAUAUAUUUAUUUUCAUCAUUGGAAUUUAUAUUGGUUUCUGUAUAAUAGAUACUUAGAAAGGGUACAAAAGAGAAGAAAAGGGGAGGGAUAUGCCAAUACAUUCUGAUAUUAAGGCACAUGGAGGUACAUACCUUUUUCUACACAGGUUCGACUAUCUUGUAUUGACACCAAAAAAUAUAUAUAUAUAUUUUUUAAAUUCUUUAUUUUUAUUGUGCAGGUAGGUACAUAACUUGGACAAGACGCCACAACAGCGUAAAUAUAUAGAUGCAUACAGGUUAUGUAGUGGCAUUAGAGAUCGCACAUUUUUAUUUUUAUUUAUAUAUUACCAAGCUCAACGGAAUGAGUGGGUUUUUACAGUGGGAGUGAAACAGGUUAUUAGGCAUGCUAACGGUGCUGGAAAACAGUGUUCUCCCUGUUUGUUAGGGUAAUCAAGAUCAACACGGUUGCAUUGAGUGCAGGAAAGGUAUACUGCAGACCUCACACUGUUCCCCAGCAUCACAUGCGUACUAUGGAACCCAGUUUUGCAGUUUUGCUUAGAUUCCUCAUGACUACACGAGUUGUUGGCCCAUCUAGUGACUAGAGGUUGCCGAUCAGUUGCAUAUGCACCCUUGGGGGUUUCAGGUCAUAAGGCUAUGUCUUAAAGUAAUUCUGCUUAGGGUGCGAGUUAAUUAAUACAAGUUGUCAUAGGGGAUAAAGAGCCUAGUGCCGACUUGGCGGUUAGCCAGUAGGUAAUUGUGCCAGCUAGGUCGGCUGAAUAACGCGCCCCAGAGCGCUGGCUCGCUGAUUAUGGUGAGCAGCAAAUAGAGGAGACGGGGGUGGGGGUAAAUACAAGGCACGGUGGCUGGCUGUCAGCUUGCGGAGCCAGAUAGAGGUGGCGGGCAUAUGUUUAUACGAACUAGAUGUACAUAAAAUAUUAGUGAACUUAUACGGAAAUAAUACGGCAUCGAACAUUAAAACAAUACUGUGUCAAACAAUGUUAGGUAAAACUGUGCCAUGCUAGGUUGCAGUCCAUGCUAGUUUCAGGUUGGUGAGUCCGGUAUGCCCGUUCUUGUUCCCCUGGGUACAAAUGGAGUGAUGUUUGCGACACACCAAGAAGGGCCGUUGGCCGCUGGGGUCGUCUCCGUUGGCAGGCCCAGAGCCCGAAGGAAAGCUGGUGCUUCCGAUUUGUGCGUGAGGAGGUGCGUUUUGCCUGCUUUCUCUGCCAUCAGUCGGUUUUGCCCCCAUUUAUACGUGAUGGUGUGCUCUCGAAGCUGCUGGGUAAUCGGACUGAGAGACCGUCUCCAUGUCAAAGUGUGCCUGGAAAUGUCUCUAUAAAAAGUUAGGUGUGCCCCUUCAAAGGGAACCGUGGGCGAGCUUCUUGAGGCUCCCAUGAGAGCCCCUCGGUCGGAGUCCCGAACAAAUUUGACAAGUACAUCCCCAGUAGCCCCCUGGGGAGCCCUAGGUGCCUUGGGGAGCCGAAAACAUGAGUCCACCCCUAUUUGUUUCACUUGUUUGGGUAGUAGCAGUGUGGCUAUCAGCCUCCGGCAGUAAUGGGGUAACUCAGAGUCAGUGACCGAUUCAGGAACCCCUCGGAUCCUCACGUUCCGCGCUUUCGCCUUAUCUUCCAUAGCAGCUAUUUGUGUAAUCAGGGUGUUGAAUUGCUUUUGCAGUGAUCCCAGGGCUGCAUCUGUGGCAGUCUGGGCUACUCCAACACCUUUAAGGUCUUCUUCCACCAUCUUCACCCUUCCUGUGAGUGUGGAGAUUUCCUCCCUGAUCAGCGCCAUGUCAGCAUGGAACAUUGUUUGUAUUUCCUGUGCUAGGGCCCUUAUGUCGGCCUUCGUGGCUGGGGCUGUGUCACCCAGCUCCAUGUGUGUCGCGGGCUUCGUUGGUACAUUAGGAGGAGGUGAGUGGGUGGCCGUCUGACUCUCGUCGUCUGACGAAGGCGAGGUAUAGGCCCCAACCGGCGCCAUCUUGCUCGAGUCCGACCGCAUGGUCGUGCGCAUGAAAGCUCCGAUAUCUCGGGAGCCCGAGCCGGGAUCAACUUUAUAUUUUUUCGCCUUCUUGCCCAUGAUGUAUGGCACACAGGAGGCUGUUAGUGGCUUGGUAAGUGUGCCGGAUUCACCCGCAUCAAAAAAUAUUAUUUUUAACGUGUGUUUGUUAAACAUAAAAAACGAACAACUCUGAUACCAAUUACCAGAUCCCCACGUGUUCCACCACAGCGUCCCAAAGAUAUAGGUAUAAUUGUAAAUUUUUGUUGCGUAUGUUUCAGUUUGUGUACACAGACACUGGCUUGGUUUCAAAGUGUCUUGGGUUACACUAAUUAGUUUUUUUGUAGAUAUGUCCAUUGGAAAGGUUAUCUGGGCAGGUCAUUAUCUGUGUUCCAUGAGGUUUUUAGACUGUGAGCCAGUGUGGUUGACCUUGACUAAUCCUCUUUUCAUGUUGGUUAUAAUAGUUGUAUUGAAACAGUUCUGUGGUCAUAAAACUGUGGUUCGUGAAGAUCUGUUUAUACUUGGGAGACACUGUACUUUUAACUCAUUCUUUCAACAAGUAUGAAUUACCUCCGCACUUUUUUAUUUUGUCCUGUGACUCGCGAUAAUGUCAUCUGUAUACGAAAAGGUACCAUGUGGCCCUGCCGACAGGUUGUUCAUUAGUUAGAGGGGGAUUAGGGGCUACCAUAACUUGGAGUAAAGAAAGUGGGCAAGGGUGGAGUCUAAGAAGAUUUAUGUGAUCCGUAUGGUGAGUGGUAUAAUACAUUCUAUACAUCCCUUCAUUGGACCACUCAACGUUUUACCUAAGUGGUUUGGUUGGAACUUUUCGGGAGUUCCUAUGUUGGUGUGAACCAUUGUGAGUAUAUAUGCCUAUCUAAUUAGCAUAUUAACUGUGCAACUAGUUCACUAUAGUGCUUAUUAAUUGUCUCUAAUUACUUUGAUUUGAUACUGGAACCAUAGUUAUUUUGCUUGUAAGGCUAUUGUGUUACUUGUUCCUUUGAUUUGUCUCAUACAGUUAUAUAGUACAUUUUUGUGAGAUUUGUGUUGUCAUGUCUUUCACUGAAGCUACCAAUGUUGACCUCCAGUUUUUUGCUGUUAGUGUAUUGGCUGCUAUCAGUGUCCAUAACAUUGUUUUUUUUAAACAUGUUUAGGUAUACCUUCUGGGAGCAUAAAUAGUAUAUAUAAUUUGGGUGAAAGCUGUAGUUUGAUACCACUGGUUUUGUAAAUAAUUUUCUACACAGAUAACCAAAAGAGGUCAUCCUCUGGCUUCUCCACCAUACAUGUAGCAUUGUCCUGGUUGUUACUGACACCUCCAAUAGUUCUCAUUACCAUCUUUUAAUAUAUGUUUAACCCUAGCCUGGACUAAGUACCAGCAAGUCAUGAUUUUCUUUAAAACUCUAUUUUUUAACUCUAUUUGUGUUGCGCACUGUGUGAGACCUUUGUGUAUUUGAAAUGCUUUCUCCCAAAUGUAUUUUUCUAUGAUGUAUCCUAGUUUCUUGUGCCAUGCUUGUAAAAACGUAAACUGUUGUGUUGAUGGUUUUUGCCCAAGUUUAUAACAUGCAGAGAUAAGUUUUGUUGCAGGUUUCUGUUUAAGAUAUAAUUUUCUUUUUAAAGUUGACAGUAGUCUAUUGUCUCCCUCUUGCUGUUCAAGACAGAUAUGUGUGACAUUAUAGACUUAAGCUGAAUGUGUGAAAAGUAGAAGGUGUUUGGUAGAACAUAAUUAGGUUUAAGUUUAUGGAAUCUGCUUUUUUUUAAAGAUAAGUAUAAACCCAUUUUUAUAGAGAAUAGUGGAGUGACUAGAGACCACGGGGUAAAUGUGAAGCAUUUAUCCCUUAGACUGUCCCAGUUUCGGUUUAGUAUCUUAGUUGGUGGUAGGAUGUCCGGCAUUGGGGUCCUAAGGGUUUUUGGAAUCCAAAUUGCAUAUGCUACUCCUUGCUUUAUGGACCUUUGGGUUUUUAUGUAUUCCCACUGAGAUUUAUCAUCUUGUGACUGCGAUACAAGUACUGUUGCCAGCAUUAUGCUUUUCUAAUAAUCUUUAAGAUGGGGUAAGUGUAGUCCCCCCUUCGAUAUGCCAUUUUGCAGCAUAGUUAUAGUUACUCUAGGUUUCUUGUUUUGCCACACAAGGCUACCAACCAUUGUGGGUCACAUUUAUGUCUAAAAGUUAGUUAGGGAUUAUUAUUUGUAGGUUCCUAAACAGAUACUGGAGUUUGGGUAAUACAGCCAUUUUUAUUACCGCAAUGUGAUCUGUCCAUGAUAAACAUUUUUUAUCCCAUUUUUUUUUUUUAAUUCUUUAUUUUUGACGUGCAUAGGUACAUCAAGGACAUUUGCACAUUAUCGGUAGAGCAUUCAGGAUACAUAAUCAUAGUCUGCAUAGACAAACAAGAAAUAAACUGCACUCUUUUUUUUUAACAAGAACGAGUGACAAAUGGAACACAGUAUUAGCAAGUGUAUGGGUUUAUCAUGAGUACUGUGUGCUAAGAGGGUGAAAUUCCCGAAAACAUGUUUGGCCUCAAUGUCAGUAAAGUAGCAGUCAGGAGUAGUAAUGAGAGUGAGGUGUUUUUAUCCCAUUUUUAAGUGUUUGUUAAAUUUCUGUCUAGAUUCUAACAUAAUUCUGUGUAUAAGUUUUUUGUGAAGUGGAUACCAAGGAAUAUAAGGAAAUCUUAUCUCCAAUUAAAUAUAAAUGCCUGAUUCAUUCUAUAUAACAUCGACCCAGGAAUGUUUAGACCCAUUGCUUGUGUUUUUUUCUGCAUUUAAUUUAUAAAACGAUUAAGCACAAUAUUACCUGAUGCAUUGGAGUAAGUUAGGCAAGGAAAUUAAUAAUUAGUUAAUAGUUAAUAAAAAAAUCAACGGCAAAGGAGUUUAAUUUGAACUCCCUUCUCCCUGGCUUUAUACUGUAUAUAUUCAGAUUCGCACUGUUUGUAGAAGUCAGGGGGUCCAACGUUAGGAUCCACAGUAAUGGUGACAGGGGGACAGCCGUGCCAUGUGCCAUUGAACAUUUCAAAAAGGGUCCAAAACAAUUCCCCAUUGCGCUGAGGGAUUAUUGUGCAGUGCAUCUACUAUUAACAUAAAUUGCAUUGGGAAGCCAAAUGUAAGUAAGAGCCCCUCCAGGAACCCCCAAUGGAGGCAGUCAAAUGCUUUCUCUGCAUCUAUGUAAAUCAACACUGCUACUUCCUUGAAGGCAUGUAUUGUAUGAAGUAAACCUUAAACUUUCCUUGUUUUAUCGCUACCUUACCUGCCUUUAACAAAUCCUACCUGGUUGUCUGAAAUAAUUGAUGGAAGGAUGGAGCUAAUUUAAUGUGCAUAUAUUUUUGUUAAUAUAUAUAUUUUUUUUUAUAUAAUCUUUAUUAAACACAUUUUUUUUUUUUUUUUUUAAGAAAACACACAUCAUUACAUACAUAUACACCAGUCUGCAUGGAUUUUUCUCUUCUAUAUAGAGCCAUAUAAUAUAAUAUCAAUGUAUCUUCCCUUACUCACAGACACUAAACAUUACAACAAAUUACAAUUACCAUACAUCUCUACAUAUACAAGACAAUGCAACUAAAGAGAAAAAGACACUUUAAAAAAUUUUCUGAGGUGAGGAUAAAUUUCGUAUGCAUUAUAAAUUAUCCAAAAUAUGAACGAUAUGUUACAAUAGUCUCAUAAGAAAAAAAAAAGAUAUUUUUAACAGACAUAAGGAUUAACGGAUGCUUUAAUCGUCAAUUUCUUUCCCUAAUCAACUCCAGAACUUUUUUACUUAAGUUCUGUUUGCUCAACAUUAAUUCCAUUUUAAUCUGAAACUCAAGUUGAGCCUUUACUCUCUCCCAAGGAAUAUGUAUAUCAUUUUUCCAAUUUCUUGCGCCAACUAUUUUGGCCGCUAAAAAUAGAUGAAAAAGUAUGAUUUUAGAUUCAUAAGGCAUUGCAGGCCAGCUUAGAUGAAGCAAAAUGACCUCUGGAGAAAGCUGCAACUUAAGGUUUAUUUUUGCUAAUAUUUUAUGUCUUGUUUAUAAGGGAUAUCGGGCAGAAUUUUUGGCAUUGAUUUGGUUGUUUUCCUGGUUUGGCAAAUGUAAUCACUUGUGCUGACAGCAUCUCUGGAGGGAGUGAGCCUGAUUUUAGUGCUGAGUUGAGUAUGGCAGACGGACGAGACACUAGUUGUUCGGAGAACAACUUGCAGUAACUAUUUGGGAAGCCGUACAGUCCCAUGGCUUUGUUUGACGGCAAACUCUGUAUUGCCUCAAUAACUUUAUCAGUAGAGAUCGGUUUGGAGACUUGUGCUACCUGAUCUGGAGUUAAGGAUGGAAGCUUAAUGUUAGCCAAAUACAUUAGGUUUGUAUGCUUUCCUGCAUACAAAAGGUUUGUAUGCUUUCCUGUGUUGGUUGUGUCCUUUUUACGUCUAGAUGGAGGUUAUAUAAUUGUUUGUAAUAUUCUGCAAACUGUUGGCUUAUGUCUUGUGGUGUGAUUGCCUUUUCUCCUGUGGGAGUGAAGAUGUGUGCUAUUUGUAAUGAUUGUGCUUGUCUGGCUUUUAAAUUAUAAGAAAAGAAAAAAGUGUGUGGUAUGCAUCCACUUAAUAAAGCCUAACUCGUGAAACGUGUUGUGGAUAUUAGAAUAGUUUUUUAUUAUUAUUUUGUUUCUUAAAGGAUCACUAUAGGGUUAGGAACACAAACAUGUAUUCCUGACCCUAUAGUGUUAACACCACCAUCUAAACCCCCUUGGCCCCUCAUGCCUCCAUAAAUAUAGUAAAAAUCUUACUGUAUUCAAGCCAGAAGCUGUAAAUCUGCAUGCUGUUAGACUCAGAAAAACAAGCAGUCUGCUGACAUGUGGUAGCCUGAUCCAAUCACAAUGCUUCCUCAUAGGAUUGGUUGAGACUUACAAGGAGGCAGAUCAGGGGCAGAGCCAGCAUGAUUCAACACAGCCCUGGCCAAUCAGCAUCUCCUCAUAGAAAUGAAUUGAAUCAAUGAAUCUCUAUGAGGAAAGUUCAGUGUCUGCAUGCAGAGGGAGGAGAUACUGAAUCACAGGAUGCUCUGCAUAGUGCUGUCCUGUGCUCUGCUGACAGCAGUUCUGAGUGGAUGGAGGCAACUCGGAAGUCCCUCUGGUGGCAGUCUGAGUGACUGCAACUGGAGAUGUUCCUAGCUUUUAAUGUAAACAAUGUAUUCUCACCUGAACAACCUCAUUAAGCUGAAGUUGUUCAGGUGACUAUAGUGUCCCUUUAAUUAAUAAAGUAUUGUUGGCCACUUUUAUUUGUGUAGCCAUAUGUAUUUUUACAUUUUAAAUUUUUACCUGGCGUCCUGAUAAUUGAGCUGCCUUAGGUUAAAAGGGGAUUUGGGAGGGCUUAGAUUUAUAGGUGCAACUGUCUGUUUCAAAAGAAUUGUGUCAUAAUAAUGGGAUUUCUUUUGCAAUUUGGCAGAUUUUAAAUGUCCAGUUCACUCAGGAUAUAUUUGGAGAUUUGGCAGCUAAAUAUUAGUUGAAAUAGUAGAAUUUGCCUUGGGAGAAUAGGUUAAAUUUGGUUGAAACUGACACAUUUUGACAACCACUUGGUAUUUGAAUGCAGUCAGAGAAUAGAUCUGAGUGUGUUUCAUUAUAUAUAGUUAAAUAGAGGUGAUAAAUUCAGUGUGACUUGCCUAUGUGUGGCACAAAGGAAUUUAUACAUUACACUUGUAUUCAAAGGAAUUAUAAGGAAUUUGCAAAUUUUAAGCCACAGUUGUCAAGAUGGAGGAAAUAACUGGAUUUGAGAAUUAUUCCAAUUUGACUGCUUUGGUCUUAAACAUACAAUUCCCUGUUUAGCACAUCACUCCUAAAGUGAGUUUUGUUAUUUUAAUAAUUAGAACAUCGGAGGGGUGACUUUCUAUGCACUUAUUUGUUCUAUUGUUCAUUAAUAUUGAACACAUUGUUCAUUCUUCUAUGACUAAUAAAGUGUGCUUGUAUUUGUAAAUAUCCCCCAUAAAACCUCACAGUGAAUGUGUUCUUUGUUGUUUUUUUUUAGUUAUGAUGCAGGAAUCCAAGCUCACAAACUUCCAACAGCGUCAGAUACGGGAACGAAUACAGCGUACGUCAUUCACUUACUUUCUUAUGAGGUGUUGCCUUGGAGUCCUGAUUUGAAGAUUUUUCCAUCACCCAUUUCCUGUUUGAACGUGUUAUGUAGCAAUACAUAUAUCGCACUGUCCUAAAUCCCAAGGAGUUAGUUCUAUAAUUAUACUUCAGUGUAGAUCUGAUGUUUCACCUUCUGAAAGGACACUCCACACUAGAUUCUAACUCCCAUGAUCUUCAUACAUUAUAAAUAGUCCUGAAAAAGCAUGUUUGCUUGAAUUAAAUGCAAGAAUGCAAGGAAGCUCUUUUUGUAAGUUCAGUUUCUCCAUUCUGAUUAAUGCAUGUUCACAGUACUUGUGCAGUGUGUAUGGAUAUAUAUGUAUUAUAUAUACCGGUAAUUACUUUUUAUUGAAAUAUAUGGAAGCAAUUGAAAGGUGUAUUGCCCUUGUUCAGACAUUACAAUACAAGCAUGGCACAUACAAAGCACCCUUGGUGCAUUUUGGGGAUUCUGUUGGCAUGUACUAUAAUGGCCCUACAACUCUAUGCUUACUAUAAUUUUUUCACAAAAGAAAAAUGUCAGAAAAUAAUUGGUGAUAUAAGGGUAGAAGAUUAAACAUUCUGUAUGCACUGUCUUUGCUUAUCUACUACUAUGGACAGAAAAAAAGCUCUAUAAUACGAAACAUGCUCACCUUUCCAUUAUUGCUACACAUAAUUUAAAAAAAUAAAAAUAUUAUUCAGCAGCAAUUUUAUUCACCAGGUGGAGACACACUACCAACCCAAUGUCAUCCUAGCUCUAGCAAUACGGGACCGAGUAAAAAAAUCGUCACAGCUCAGCGGGUAAAUGCAUCUAUCCAACGCAACAGACCCAGUUUGAGACCUGCAGAGAUGUGCCGUGCUGGGGAUGCUUACAGCAGAGACAAGUUCCACCCUCGCCCUACAAGUGAGAAGUCUAAACUAUACUUUAUGACUGGAGCUUGGCUGUCUACCUAAUCUUAAAGGGACACUAUAGUCACCAAAACAACUUUAGCUUAGAGAAGCAGAUAUGGUGUAUAGAUCAUGCGCCUGCAGUCUCUGCCAUUUAGGAGUUAAAUCACUUUGCUUAUGCAGCCCUAGCCACACCUUCCCUGCAUGUGACUUACACAGCUUUCCUAAACACUUCCCGUAAAGAGUCCUCUAAUGUUUAUACUUCCUUUACUGCAAAUUCUAUUCAAUUUAGCAUUUCUUAUCGCCUGGUCUGCCAAUAGUUUGCUAGACCCUGCAGGAGCCUCCUGUAUGUAAUUAAAGUUCAAAUUACAGAGCAGGAGAUACAAACUUUUAAAGUAAGUUACAUCUGGUUGAAAAUUAAACCAUUUUGUUUUCAUGCAGGCUGUGUCAGUCACAGCCAGGGGAGGUGUGGCUAGAAACAAAAGUGAUUUAACUCUUAAAUGUCAGUGAAUUGAGCAGUGAAACUUCAGAGGCAUGGUCUAUACACAAAAAAACUGCUGCAUUAAACUAAAGUUGUUUUGGUGACUAUAGUGUUCCUUUAUGUAUUUAUACAUCUGUUUCUUAGAGUAAUUUAACUUUGCAUGUAUAUUUUAAAGGCCAUAGGUAACAAUAUCACCUAUUGAUUUAAAAAAAAAAUGUCAUAUCAAAACUGUGGGCAGUGCAGUACAAUAAACACGGUAAAUUUUAUAAUACAUGGUAUAUGCAUUUAGCUAUUCUGGAUAAUAAGCAGACUCAGUGUGAGUGGUCGUACUGGGUAGACUAGAUAUGUGGACAUCUUCUACUCAUAAUUCCAUAUGAGGCCAAGAGAAUUUUCUUCUCUGUGUUAGUAUGGAACAAGACUAUAAGCUUCAUAUGAACACUAAAUUUAGGGAGAAAAACUACCUUUUAUCAUAAAUUGCUAUUUGUACAUUUAAUAACGGCAAUAUGGUGCUGGUCAAAAAGCCAAUGCAGAAAAGUCUCCAAGUUACUUCUGUGUUCAGCUUGUCUAAUUUGACUUUACAUAUCAGUCUAGCCUGGUAAUUAAUGGAUCGUGGGGAUCCUUUUUCUGUGUUAAUUUUAUCGACUAUCAGUUUUAGUCAAAUUUUAGUCGACUAAAACUAUACUAAAACAAUUCAGAUGAGUAAAAUACAACUAAAACUAAAAAUGGCUUUUUAGGUCAAAAGACUAUGACUAAAACUAAAUUGAAAUUUGAUGCCAAAUUUAACACCGCCCCUGUUUCAUUGUAUUUAUUUAUUUCAGCCCAUAGCCUGUAAUUUUCUUCCAGGGUUACUUUGGAAAUUGUUAUCCUGUUACUCCUGAGCUAGGUGGUCUCAGGUUCGGGAUAACUAGGUGGGAACACUAUUGGAAAAAUUAGACAGAGACACCCUGAGCACAAUAAAAACUACAGUCUGCUAUAGUGGUUAUGGUGACAGGAGUGUCAUGGCUCCCUCCCAGAGUAAGUAGUACAUCCGAUUGAGAACGGUUUGACAACAUACCUAUUGUUGUUCGGGUGCUAGCUGCCUCCUCUCAUGGAGCCAGAAGCUCCUUGUAAGCCUAAACUGUGUCAGUGUACUCCUCCCUGGCUUUCAUAAACUAGCUUAGUGCCAGAGCUUCUAGGAUCAGGGAGGAGGCAACGGACGGACCCCAGAUAAGUUGUCGAAUCAUCACAAAUGUUUUGACUACUUACCUUUGGAGGGCAUCAGGGCACUCCUGGCACCAUAAUUAAUAUAGUGGACUGUAGCCGUAAAUGAUGCAUGGGUCAAAUGUCUAGCGUCAAAUAGUCAGCCAUCACUCCUGACAGCUGUCCCUGGAUCUAUAUGCUGAGUUGAGGCAUUCUGACCACUUUAGUCAAUUUUAGAGUGGUUCUAGUUUGGGAUGGCCUACAUUUUGUGAAUUUUAUUACAUAUUGUCAUACUAUAUAUAUAACCUCUUUAGACUGAUCUGUUUAUUUGUAUUAAUUACAGAUUAGCAGGGUUACUAGCUAAAGUGAGAUUAAAAAUUAUUUCAAUUUUAGGUAACAGUAGCUGAAACGGAAGCACAACUGAUUUAGAGAAUGUUUCCAAUUCAGCUAUUUUGGUCUUAAAUUGUAUUUCACUUUGAAUUCUCACUUUAGUGAAUCAUCCUGUAGAUUAUAUUCUUGCAGGCAUUAUAGUUGCAGUUAGUACACAUAUUUAAUAUCUACUUUCCACAGGAGAUCUAAACAAGGAGAAAUCUAAACUACAACACAUCAUGGCCACUGGGAAGGACCUACCUGAGCCAAAAUGUGCAACCCCACAAAUGGAAGAACCUCUGGAAGAGAAGGACAGAUUUGAUGAAUGUAAGGACUGGGCAGACAUGGAGUAAGGGGCUGGAUUCAGAUAUGUGGCAUUAAAUAACUGUUCUUCUUUCAGUGGUGGCUGAAAUCCAAGAGAGAUGGGAUUUUCUGGGCGAAAUGGAAGCUUUGGGUCGUGGAAAACAAUAUAGCAAUAUGAUCAACACAGAGAUUUCUCAGGUAUAGUCUUUGCCAUUUAAAGAUACUUUUAAUAUUUUUACAUUAUUAAAGGGAUACUCCAGGCACCCAGACCACUUCUGCCAGUUGGAGUGGUCUGGGUGCCAGCUCCCACUACCCUUAACCCUUCAGGGUUAAGUCCUCCUCUAAUGGCUGUCUAUCAGACAGCCACUAGAGGGACUUCAGUGUUCUUAGAACACAAAAAGUGUGUUAUAAGACGCUGGACGUCCUCACACUAUGUGAGGACCUCCAGCAUCGCCGAAAUCCCCAUAGGAAAGCAGUGAAUAAUGCCUUCCUAUGGGGAGGACUAAUGCACGUGCGCGGCCAUUGCUAAUGUUUAAUAUGUUUUCCUGGCACUGGAGAAUCCCUUUAAGCUAGGCAACCAUCCAGAGUUUGGCAUUCAACAUCUGAAUGCAUAUGAAUGUACACCGGAGUUCUACUUGCUUGCAUGCUGAAAAUAUGGUUUAUUUGCUUGUUGGCAGUGAGAGAAGUCAAUGGACAAAUAGUACAAAAAUAAACUUUGCCUGUUGGAGGGUUAAUGAUGUGGAAGUUGACUAGUGACUAGUGACUGCUAGCCAGCCAGCCAGCACAAUAAAAGACAAACAAAAUACCCCCCCGACAAAUAACGUACGCAGUAUGACCCUCUAUAAUUAUUGUGCGAACAAAGACCUCCCUUAACCCCCACCUAACAUGCGACUAACAAAUCUGGUGUUCGAUAAAAAAUGCAAAUCCUAUACCUUAAAAAUAAUUGAUUUUAAACCAGACACCGUAUUGUACCAAAUUAAAUAUGCUUAUUUGGUUGUAAUAACCACAUUUCAAUUGGAUUUUUCCAUUAAUCGACAUAAGAAUUGGGGAGACACUUUUAACUGAAUUUUUGUAGGAAUUUCAUAUAUACACACUAACUGGUUAAAGGACCACUAUAGUGCCAGGAAAACAUACUUGUUUUCCUGGCACUAUAGUGCCCUGAGGGUGCCCCCACCCUCAGGGUCCCCCUCCCGCCCGGCUCUGGAUGGGGGAAAGGGGUUGAAACUUACCUUUUUCCAGCGCUGGGCAGAGAGCUCUCCUCCUCCAACCCUCCUCUUCUCCUCCCCGUCGGCUGAAUGCGCACGCGCGGCAAGAGCUGCGCGCGGAUUCAGCCGGUCACAUAGGAAAGCAUUCAUAAUGCUUUCCUAUGGACGCUGGCGUGCUCUCACUGUGAAAAUCACAGUGAGAAGCACGCAAGCGCCUCUAGUAGCUGUCAAUGAGACAGCCACUAGAGGAUUAGGGGGAAGGCUUAACCCAUUCAUAAACAUAGCAGUUUCUCUGAAACUGCUAUGUUUAUAAAACAAUGGGUUAACCCUAGCUGGACCUGGCACCCAGACCACUUCAUUAAGCUGAAGUGGUCUGGGUGCAUAGAGUGGUCCUUUAAUAUCUAAUGGAUACCAGUCAUGUGACUUCUGCUAUAGCCAGCCACAAAAUAAAGAUGGCUACCAAUAAACAUUUUGUUAACAUUCAACUUUCUUAAUCUUGAUGUUUUAUAUGAUAAUUUUUUUCAUACAGUUUAAAGGUGAAAAUGGGUGAAUAUUCAAUUCAAUUCAGCUAACAUAAAUAAUGAAAUAUUUAGUAUACUAAACUUACAAUUUACUAUUUAGUAGUAAAAUGAUAAGAAGGUUUUCUGCAGAUUGCAAACUCCACCACUAAAAAGAGAUAUAUGAAUCUGAAACCUAUAUUUGUGCGCUUGGAGUAUGAUGUCAGUGAGCAUACAGAUCAUUUUCACUAAACAUUGUAUUGCUGAAAAUAGACAACAUAACUACAAAUCCACAGAAUGCAUUUUUGGCUGUGCAAUUUGGAAGGGCAAAUUAGAUUUAUUAGAGGCAGAUUAAAGAAAUUAGAUUGAUAGAUGUUUUAAUUUACUAUGUCAUUUUUCUUCUACAGAAGCUGCGUGAGUUGGAAGUGAUUGAUAAACAGAGAUGUUCAGAACUAAGGGAUGCAUUACAACAAUCUGUUAACACCAACCCUGAUCCGUCAUAAAUGGUUCCAUAUUCUUAGAAACAAUGGCAUCUAUAAAAGCAAUACUUCACUGCCCAAAAAUGGCUCAUAAAUCAUCAUCCAUGUUGUAGUCUUACUGAUCAGCCAUCUUGUUUUAUGAAUCUUUACUCUACAUUCCAAAAUUAUUCAGUUGGUUAGUAUGCUCGUAGCAAAGUAUAACCAACUCUCACAAUAAGAAAGAUAAAAAAAAUCUAAAUAAUACCACCUAGCACUCAAAAUCCACAGCAUGUUUAAUUGGCCAAAACAAAAAGUAAAAAACGGGUCACACCAAACAACUAAUGCUUUUUGGACCUACAGGUCCUUAAACAUAAGAGUGUCUAAGGAUCUGUAUGUUUGAAACGCGUUUGGUGUUUUAGCAUGACCUUUCCCAGUUUGUUACUUUUUUAAUGCCGAUUAUACCUCCUGUGGUCUUUGAGCGCUUGCAGUGGUAUUAUUUAGAUUUUUAUUACUGGAUUUGUUGUUCCCAGUUGGUGAUCUGUCUUUCAUCUGGGUGGAAACUUGGUGUUCCCAUUACUUUUAUGGUUUUUCAUUUAUGCUCAGAAACUUACGCUACUGGCGUAUUGGAGUUUUGCUGCCCCAGUUCAAAGUUGUUGUUUUUUUUUAAUUUCUCACAAUAAUACACGUUCAUACAACGUCUAACUUCAUGCAUUAAACUACCCUAGGAACCUGGCUGCAUAAGUAAGAUUUUCAUCUCUGUUCUGGUCACAAAUGCCCCCAAACAAUUAGAAUAUUAGAAUAUUGACUGAGUUUUGCAGCACAAAAUGCAAAUACUUCACUAAUGCAACACCACGUUUAUUUGCACAGGACAGCAAAUAUUUCAGGCAGUACCCCUUUAUCAACGCACAAUGCCCUUCACUACGAAAGGACCGCUGUCCGAGACAUUGCUGUCCUGAAAGAUUUUCGGAUAAAUGAAUGGUUGCAUCCAAUUUCGGCAUUUAUUUUUCUCUGUUGUAGCAUGUUGGCCUAAAGAAAGGAAAGGCAACUGUUGGCACCCAUGGCGGCAUUGAUGGUAGUAGCAGUGGAAUUUAUCUUAAGUGACUUUAUUUUUAUAUGUUGUGAUGUGCUUGGCUAAUUUUAAAACAGGUUUAGGCUAAUCAUUGGUUAUAGCACGAACAUGUUGCUGCUGAAGGGGUUGAACUAUUUGUAGAUUAGACCAAAAAAAAUUAGAUAAAAUGAAAGUUAAACAAUUUUGCACACAGACCGUUGAGAUAAGAACUGAUAUCAAAUAAAUACUUGAAACCCA